UGGAGAAAGUAAACUAAAACCAGAGAGACUGUUAAAUCUGGCAACAGCAAGCUCACACCUCACACUCUUCUGCUGAAAACCUCCUCCCUCAUCUUCAUCAAUUUCUAGGGUUUCAAAUUUUUUAGAGAAAUAAAUUGAUUUUUUUUCCCCUGCACGAUUCCCGAGAACUGUGAAAACCUAGAAGAAGAAGAAGAAGAAGAAGAGGACUGAGAGGACUUUAUAGUGAGACUUAGACCCGUUCCUUUUUCACUUCAAAUUUGAACAAUCGGAACCGGAACUUGUAUUGGAACACCGGCAAUGGUUGAGAUUGGACAGUGUUGAAAACCCUAGAGAGACUAUGGAGAGGUCUAGAUCGAAGAGAUCGUACUACUAUGAACAGCAGCAACACCAGGACUAUGAUACGGAGACCGUCGGCCGGACGAGGCCGAGGUACAACCACCACUACGCCAACGGCAACAACAGCCACCGCCACCGCGGAAGCGGCGGCGGAGGAGGUAGGGCGGCGAAGGCGCAGCAGCAGCAGCAGCAGGAGACGGCGUCGGUGACGGUGACGACGACGUAUCGGAUACUGUGCCACGAUAUGAAGGCGGGAGGGGUGAUUGGGAAGUCCGGCAGCAUUAUCAAGUCGAUCCGGCAGCACACCGGCGCGUGGAUCAACGUGCACGAGCUGGUUCCCGGAGACGAGGAGCGGAUUAUCGAGAUUUCCGACACGCGGCGGCGGGACCCGGAGGGAAGGAUCCCGGCGUUCUCUCCGGCGCAGGAGGCUCUGUUUCUGAUCCACGAGAGGAUUCUGGAGAGUGAGGUCGGCGGCGCCGAUGAGGAGGAUGAGUACGGCGGCGGCGGUGGAGGUGGUAGAGGAGGUGGUGGUGGGACACGUGUCGCGACGAGGCUUGUGGUGUCGAGAAUGCAUGUGGGGAGUUUGCUGGGGAAAGGAGGGAAGAUAAUAGAGCAAAUGAGGAUGGAGACAAAGACCCAGAUUAGGGUUUUGCCAAGGGAUCAUAAUCUGCCUCGCUGUGUUUCAAUGUCUGAGGAGAUUGUUCAGGUAGUAGGCGAUCCGAAUAAUGUAAAGUCUGCUGUGGAAAUUAUUUCAUCUCGCUUGAGGGAGAGUCAGCACCGUGACCGCAAUAAUUUCCAUGGACGAGCACAUUCACCAGAACGGUUCUUUCCUCCUGAUGAUGAUUAUAUUCCUCAUAUGAACAAUGCAGGACGUAAGUCAUCCAUGGAUGGGGCUGGUUUUGGAUCAAGAUUAUCUGGCCCCAAUACGAGGAACAACAACUAUGGCUCCCGUUCAUCUGGUUAUAUGAUGGAACCAGGGUCUGCUCCAAUGGAUGAUAAUGUACAGCCCUUUUACGGAGAAGACCUUGUGUUUCGAAUGCUUUGCCCAAUUGAUAAAGUUGAUCUUGUAGUUGGAGAGUCUGAUGGAAUUAUAGAAUUGCUUCAAAAUGAAAUUGGUGUGGAUGUCAGGGCUACUGACCGUGUGGCCGGAGCAGAUGAACAGAUAAUCAUCAUUUCUUCUGAGGAGGGUCCUGAUGAUGAGCUGUUUCCAGCUCAGGAAGCUUUAUUGCACAUCCAAACUCGCAUUGUCGAUCUUAUACCAGACAGAGACAACAUUAUAACUACUAGGUUGCUUGUUUCGUCAAGUGAUAUUGGAUGCUUAGAGGGAAGAGAUGGGUCUUUAUCAGACAUGAGGCGACUUACUGGCGCAAAUAUACAAAUUCUGCCCAGAGAAGAACUUCCUCUGUGUGUAUCAGGGAAUGAUAUGCUUUUACAGAUAGUAGGGGAAAUAAAAGCAGCUCGAGAUGCUCUAGUUGAGGUGACAUCAAGACUAAGGAGUCACUUAUACAGGGAGUUGUUUCAAAAGGAUACCAUGCCGCUUUCUGUGCCUGGCCCUGCAAGCAGUGCUCUAGAUUACAUAAAUCCUGUUCGUGAAGCUCGUACUGGAAAUGGUCCUUCUAUAACUACCUAUCAGAAUGUGCAAACUGCACAGCCAUCAAAGGACUCUGGAGUGGUUGUUAGUGACGCAGUAAAGCAGAAUGAAAGUGAACGGCGUGAAGAUGUUCCGACUGGGAUGAAUAGAAUACCUGUGACACUUGUCACUCGGAGUAUACUUGAAGUUGUCAUACCUGAGAAGGCUGUUUCAAAGCUCAUAACAAAAUCGAAAAACAUGCUUGCUCAAAUCAGCGAGUUAUCAGGAGCCAGGGUAACCCUGGUAGAUGAUAGUCCAGAGGUAACCCAAAAGAUCAUUCAAAUUUCAGGUACUCCAGAGCAGACUGAGAGGGCUCAGAGCUUGCUCCAGGGUUUUAUUUUAAGCACACAAGAAGACGACCCUUGAAUGCACGGGAGCAACAUGGUUACCAAAUUUUGAGCUCUGCCUACUGCGGUAUUGCUGCUGUCAAGACCGUUUCAAGACGUAUUAUCCUGCAAGGCAGGGAGUUUUUUUGCUCCAGUUUAGGCACAUAUAGGCUUCUGUAUUACUGUACCUCUGUAAAUGUAAUAUCUGAACGCGUUUUAGCUCUAGUCCUCUGCCAUGUUUCAGUUUUCCUGUACGAACCCAGUAACAGUUAUGUGUAUCACAUUUUGUAUCGACAACCGAUGAUUGCUAUUCUGUUUGUUCCACAA